AUGAGGUUUUUGUUCCCACCCACUUUGCACUUGCUGCUGCUGCUGCUGUAGCAGCUUUAUACAGUAGAUGUGGAGGAAUCUUUAAAAUCUCUGCCUGUCAUCGCCAUCGUCAUGGUUAAAAAGCUGCUGUUCGUCUGUUCGCUCGCUGUCGCCAUUUUCACAACAGCCUUGGGCUUUAAGAUUCAGAACAAGCUUGUAGGCAAAUGCCUGCAGGUGCAAGAAGGAACUUGGGGAGGUCGAGUAUCCUUAGGGGAAUGCAGCCCAUACUCACCCAUGCAGGAAUGGCUUUGGAUCCCAGAGAGCCAAGCUCUCAGCAGUCACCACACUGGAGAGUGUCUGACGGCACCCGAAGGAGAGUAUGAAGGUGUCCACCUGCAGCCCUGCAUGUUUAAGAUGGACAGUGAUGAGACUGGUGACCGAGUGGCAGCUGUGGAUGUGGACAGUGAGGAGAGCAGACAGACGUGGUCUUGCUCCAAGAAAGGCCUCCUCACUUUGACUGGGAGGGGGCUGCACCUUAGUGCCUCUCCACAAUCCACUCUGGUUUAUGUGUCACGAGAUCACAAACAGGGCAGCAGGUGGCGCACACUUGACAACCAGACAUUGUGCAAUUUGAGAGAUCACAAACAUCACCAAUCGCAGGACCAGUCCCACCACUACAUUGGAAAAUCACCGGAAGCUAGGAUUUUUCCGAGUUCCACUGCUGAUCUUCACAAAGAGGCUGAACCACUUGAGGACAGAAUGGACAACAAGGCUCCAGAAACAUAUCUCUUCACAGACGGGACCGUUUUGUCUCAGAGCACCAAUUCCUCUGCAGAUCCCAAAAUGAUUUUUUUAAGUAUGGACUAUGGGAUGGCCUGGAAGAUAACCAUGCUGGUACUGAGCUCUCUGGCUCUGGUGCUGGGGACUGUCAUUCUUAUCGUAAACGUCCACUCCAAUCGACGGAAGAAGGUGGUGUGCGUUUUGAAGUCGUACGCCGUGAGGCCGGAGAGGAGCAUCCCUGGAUCCCCGGCGCCCAGCGAAAGGGCCCCACUGACGGAGCACGCCAUGCGUCUCCCACAGUCGUCGCCCACAUUGCAACGGGGGGAGAUCCUGAUCCAGUGGAAGGACGGCAGUGUUACGCCACUGUACGAGGCCUGACCUGAUGCUGCUGCAGGUUUGGACAUGGGUACGUGUGUGAGGGAGAGAGAGAGAGAGACAGAAGGUUAGUGCGCAUUAAAGAGAGAGAAAUACAAGUUUAGUGGGUACUGUAGACAGUUUGAUGGAAUGAAAAUCUUACAGAUCAGAAUCUUGACAUCUCUGUGACACCUGGUUCACACCUGUUGCUCUUGAUCAUCUGCCUCACACGGCAAAUACGAUCAAGACUUCAUUUUCUGAUUUACCUCUGACAUGUGCACCUGUGCAGGUGCUAAAAACAGUUUUUACAUGUAUUCAGAUUCAAUCUGGACACUAAAUCCACAAGGAAAGGUGUCAUUUGUAUGUAAUUAUGCUGGUAGAAUGUCAGUUUCAUUAUCAGUAGGUCUUUUAUCUACUUUUUUACACGUGUUACACUCAAAGUUUGUCACGUCUGAGUCAAAAUGUGGUAUGUGAACCAACAGUGGUACUUGGAGGAAAAUCAGAAAUACUGUUCUACUGUAUAUACCAGCGUAUGUGAUCGAUGAGAGGAGCUGAGGAAUUUUGACCGGAGUAUGUAGAAAAAUGAAACGAAUAAUAAAGGAAAUACUAAUAAUUAGAGUCACCUUAUCUCUCGCUCCAUCUUAAUCUAAUGUCACUAUACCAGUGUGUGAAGAGAUCUUAUUGGGAAUAAAUCUGCCUCCUGUGAAAAGUCUGUAGCUGACUUUGCUCGGCCUAUUUACACCACUGUGUUUUAACGUUGCCGAUAAUGGUGUGACUUAAAGAGCUCAGUAUUUUCUCAUGCGGUACUUGGUAUAAAAAGACGGAGAACCACUAAUUAUUUUAAAGAAGCUAAUCUGAAAUUGCAGAGGAACAUGCACGAAUGGGACCACGUCGGCCCCCCGCUUUGAUGUGAGCUCACAGACACACUUUACUUAUUUACUUAACUUUAAGACUAAUUGAAUGGCUCUAGAGUAGAUGAUUUUAACUCUGUGCUGAUCUCACACAUGGUGCAAUUCUUCACAACAUGCGUAUCACGACACGCCUCGGCUGCUGAGACUUGCACUUUCAAUGUUAGGAUUAACCAGGCUAUUUUAGGGAAAGUGCAGCCAACUGUGUUGAAAACACAGGAAACACUGGUGAAAGUUGUUUUUGUGGCAUUUUUCAGUAUUAGAAAAUCAACCUAGUUUAAUCCAGCAUUUGGAUUAUAGUUUAAUUUGAGUUCAUUUAAAUUGUUGUUGAAUGGAUUGGAUCUUAACAGUUGUUACAGCAGUAUUCAAAACAACCGAUAUCCAGAUUUCUGGAGGUUUCUGCUAUAUUUAAAAGGUAAAAUGUGUCAAAUUUAGCAACAUUCAUCAGUGACGUGUCGGCUGAAUAUUCCUCACCUUACUGUUAGCCUUCACCAACGAUGUAGCCUUCAGUUGGCAUCAAAACUCUGUCCAUUGUGGGCUUCUGUAAAAACAUGGUGGUCCAAAAUGACUCAUUCUGGGAUAAUGAAAAACAGCAAUUUAUGCAAUCAGGUAAUUUAACACUUUGUCUUCAAUUUCUGCCAUGGGAAAAAAACCCACCUCAAAUUUACACUCUUGGACCUUUAACAGUCUUCAUUCGUACAUAAACAUUGAGUACCAUGUUUAAACUUUCCAUUAUUCUGCUCUCAACACUGUUCAUUUAUAAGUUCUGUAUGACGACGACAGAAGCAGCUUCUGUGGAGCAUCUACUUAUGUGUCACUGACAUCUUGUUGUCAUUAAUUUGUCAGAAACUAUUUUGUAAUUCUGUGAAAUACCUAAUAAUAAAUAUCAUAUUGUAUUUCUAUAUUUCUA